UUUCUGUCAUUCCAUUGUCUCAAACAAGUGAGUGCUGGGACCACUUUAACAAAGUGCAAUUGGAAAUAUCCAGCAGUAGAGAAAAGUACAGAGAGGAACCCUCUAAACUCACAAAGAACUUACAAUGUCUGGAGGGAUUUUCUCUCCCCUUGAAAAUCUACAUGACUUGGAUAAAGCUACCUGCCAUCCACUUGCUUGCUUCUUGUGCCAUGAGCAAUACGAACACCCAUGCCUUCUUGAUUGCUACCAUAACUUCUGUGCCAGCUGCCUGCGGGGUCGCGCAAUCGAUAACCGCCUCACCUGCCCUCUGUGUGGGCACCAGUCAAUAGUAAAAGGAAAUAAUGGACUUCCUCCAGUAGACAGACUCCUUCAGUUUCUAGUGGACAGUUCUUCUGACUUUGAUGAAGUAGUUCAGUGUGCUAAUUGCGACCUUGAGUGCAAGAAACAGGAUGGAGAAAUCAUGUACUAUUGUAAUACCUGCAAUCAGCCUCUGUGUGUUAAAUGCAGAGAUGAAACUCAUAAAGCUAAGAUGUUCUCUCGCCAUGAGAUUGUUUCCCUGGCUAAGCGUGCCAAGGAUAUAUAUAAAAAGUGCUCUCUGCAUGAGGAACCCUACAUCAUGUUCUCCACAGAGAAGAAAUCUAUGCUUUGCAUCAACUGCUUCCGUGACAUGCAAGUAGAAAGCCGUGCUCACUGCAUUGAUAUUGAAACUGCUUACAUGCAGGGCUGUGAGAAGCUGGACCAAGCAGUCAUGGCAGUAAAGGAGCUGCAGACCUCAACCAGAGAAGCUAUUGUCCUGCUCAAAGCUAUGAUUGAAGAGGUUCGUAAUAGCGCAGAUGAGGAGGAAACCUCAAUCAACACCCUAUUCUCCAAUAUGCAGGAAAAACUAGCCGAUCGUCGAAAGAUUCUUCUGAAAGCUGUGCAGUGCCAACAUGAAGAGAAGGAGAAGACUUUUAAGGAGCAACUAUCACACUUGGCAUCCCUACUGCCUACAUUACAGGUCCAUCUUGUCACUUGCUCAGCCUUCCUAAGCACAGCCAACAAGGCAGAGUUCCUUGAUUUGGGAUAUCAACUGAUGGAACGCCUUCAAAAAAUAGUUAAACUUCCUCAUCGCUUGCGACCCUACCAGAGCAGCAAGAUCAAUACAGAUUUUGGAGCUGAAUUUGCUCGCUGCCUAGAGCCACUGCUGAUGCUAAACCUGCGGCGAGGAGGCAGCGUGAGUGGCAGCUGUGGUGGGCCGGGACUGAGCAAUGGAAGCAUGAUUUCAAGUGGCCAAUCCUCAAAGACAUUAAUCAUGCCUGGGUGUUCCUCCUCUGUUGACAAAAUGUCUAUCACGGGAUCCAUAGUGCGCAAGCCUACAAUGCACCGAUAUAUAAGCACUAAAGUUUUGCUGGCAGAAGGAGAGGAGAACCCAUUCACCAAGCAUUGCCGCAGCUAUGAAGAUAUGUAUAGAGCAAUACAAUUGGAAAUCCAGAACUUGAAGGACCAGGUCCAAGAGCUGCACAGAGACCUUACAAAACACCAUUCCCUCAUCAAGACUGACACAAUGAGUGAGAUUAUCCAAAAAUCUCUCCAAGUCGAUGUGCAGAUAGCAUCGGAGUAUUCAUCUGUAGAAAUGAUGAGAACAGCCUUUGAGGAGAUUUGGGAAGAAACCUAUCAGAGGGUAGCAAAUGAACAGGAAAUUUAUGAAGCUCAGCUGCAUGACUUACAGCAACUAAAGCAGGAGAACAGCUUUCUAACCACCAUUGCGAAACAGAUUGCACCUUAUGUACGUUCCAUCGCAAAGGUUAAGGAGCGCUUAGAACCCAGAUUUAAAGAACCAAAGGAAGAUGUUUCAGAGAAGCUGUAUGAUGAUUUCCCAUUGGCCAGUGACUUGCACAACAGGAAUGACUCUACAGCCUGCUCUGAGGAAAAUUAUGACAAAUCCCUGGAACUAAAAGUCGAUAUUCGAAGUCUAAACCUUCUAAACGAAGACCUUUUGGUUAAGAGCAAAGAAUACUACAGACUGAAACAAAAUGCCACAAACCGAAAAGGUCUAAGCACUUAAAAAGGAGAGAAAAGAAUAUUUUAACAUUGGAUAUUGGAUAAUCUAGAACCAACAAACUUGUUCUUAUAUAAAAGAUAAACAUCUGGAUUUGACAGUGGAUACAAAUGCUGAACCCUGACAAAUACAAUGCAGUGGACGGGGAUUUGGAAAAGAGCAAAAAUGAUGCAGAAAAUAUUAAAGUACUUUCCAAAUCCAAAUGAAAAAACAGCUUAUAUAUAUAUAUAUAUAUAUAUAUAUAUAUAUAUCAUACACGAAGCAGCUCUCCAGAUACUGACCUACAGUGCCCAGCACCCCUUAACAGCUGAAGGGCUACCUGUCUGCUGUGACUUUCAUUGCUUCGGUCGCCCGAAGUUGCCUCGGGCGACUUUGGAAAACCGAAGUGACGCAUCUGCCAUCCUACUGGCGAUUUACAUUCUUGCCGGUGGGAUGGAAUGUUGUGGAAACUAGCCCGCAAUAGUAAAGAAUUAUUCGCGGGCAACUAAUCUCCCUGUGUGCCACUGCCCUUAGGGAAUAUAAGAAUAACCUUUUAUUCAACUGAUAGAUAAGGCUUAGUGGGCCCUUGACACAUGCAUACAGAACCAUAAAUCUUACAUCAGUGUUAUAUGCUAUUAGCAUGGAGCAGGAAUGUUGGCCUAUGGCCACCAGCUCAAAUGCAGCUUCCAGCAACAAACACUAUUAUUAAUUAUAUUGUGUAACAGCUGAUGGAUAUCUGGGAUCUUCACGUGUAUUUUUGCAACAACCAAGUUCCACUGUACAGCCAAAGGUGCAGAGAGUUCUAGUUACAACAAGGAUUAAAUUUUAUCUUUAUGUAUGAAGUCCAGCAUUUUACCACUGACAUGAACACCUCCAUUAAACUUUAGCCCCUACAGACAAACCUUUGAGAUGUAGUUUAGGUAUCUAGUUGGCUUGUGUAUAUAUUUAAAGUACAGUACAUGGCUGGCAUGUAUACAGCCUUACUUACCAGAGCUUACAUAAUAUUACAAUAGAUAAUAUCAGUAGAAUCAUGCCUAGCUGUGUUGAUAGAAGUACGCUUUUUAUGUACUGUUCGGAAAUUCAUAACCCUUAAGUGCAAUUUCUUCAACCUGGGCCAGACCCACAACCUGCAUUUUUUUGCCAGCUUGGAUUACUACCUUAUCUGACCCACUCAGGCAUGGGUCUUCAACCUUUCUUUCUCAUGAGCCACAGUCAAAUGUAGAAAGAUUAGGGAACAACACAAGCAUCAAGUUCAUGGAGGUGCCAAAUAAGGGCUAAGAUUGGCUAUUAGGGGCCUCUAUGCACACUAUCAGCUUACAGGGGGCUUUAUUUGGUAUGAAAUCUUGUUUUUAUUCAACCAAAACGUGCCCCCAAGUCAGGAAUUCAAAAAGAACUACCUGGUUUGUGGGCACUGAGAGCAACAUCCAAGGGUUUGGGGAGCAACAUGUUGCCCCAGAGCCACUGGUUGGGGGAUCACUGCACUAAGGGCUGGCCACAGUAAAACUGGAAGUGACGUCACAACAGUACUGAAGCCUGACAGUACUGUAAAAAGCACCGGUUGGUUCACUAAUGCAUGAAUAGUAAGUAUUGUACAUGAUAUGUUUGUCUGUCUCUCUAUCACGUAUAUAAACAUAACAAUGUGCCCUCAUUUGGGAACAGUACAUGUAGCUUGGGCAGUUACUAAUUGUAUAUUUAAGUGUUGAAUUUAUUAUUAAGUCACAAUAAAACAAUGCUAUGUGUCUUGCCC